AUGCCUGUCGCCUCCGAGAAAAUAUGGAGUACCGAGUACAUUCGCUCAAAGCUCGGAGGAGCAACGUGGCCGUCACAAGCAAAUGGAAAUUGCCAAACAAGUUUCUCCCAUGCUACUAUAGGUUCUCGGUACCCGUUGGGCAUGAGACGGUACCUGCUCUGGGCCGUUGUGGUGCACAAGUACAUCCCCAACGCCGCAAGCUACCUACAAGCAAACCAACAGCCAAUUUUCCCCAACUACUGCAAAUGGACCGCCGGGCCGCCGCUCAGCUUCCAAGUCCCGUCAACUGUCGUUUCAUGUCCCUUUUGGCUCGCUGCUACUGCUAGCACUGACUGGCUCAGCCGCCCGGAUAAAAUCACUCAGGUUCCAUCUGGGAACCAAGCAUCGGGACUACUGUACGCACUCCUCCCCAAGCUGGCAAAGGCUGCGUGCGCGAUAAUCAUCCUAGCACCUGGUAGCAAUACUGUAGCAAGCAGUUCAGUCCAUCGACCUGCUAUACCGGGCAUUGCCAUGGAUUGCCAGGUACCUGUGGUGCUGUGCUGUGCUGUGCUAUGCUGUACUCGGUACCGUCGCGACAAAGAUGAGGCUGUAUCUAUCUGUAUUAUGGACCAGACAGACCAUCAGGUCCUAGAUCCGUCCAAGCACACGGCCGCUAUUCCGAUCCAUCGCCCUCGCAGGCAAGCAAAGCAGCAAAUGGCGGGCCAAGACGCCGCCCAGGCGUGAGAUUCAUUGGCCGCAGAGGCACCGCGCGAAUGAUAUGCAUGUACUCUGUAUUACACCUUGCCUUGGAGCCCCAUCGGCCGCUGCGUUAGCAUGUAGCGAAAG